AUGGUGGUGUACUGGUGACAGAUUGGACUCAGCUACAUCUGAUACUCCCAGAUCUGUGCAAAAGCAGUGAGAGAUGCACUGACGAUAGAAUUCGAAACAAAUGCCAAGAAGACUUCCGGCAGCAGCAAAAAAAUUGUGAAAGUGAAAAAGGAAUAA